AUGACUACUAAACUCUUUGUUGGCGGCCUCGCCUGGCAGACUACCGAUCAGAGUUUGCAAAAUGCCUUUGCGGAAUACGGCACUGUCGAAGAAGCUCGCGUGGUGAAAGACCGAGAGACUGGUCGGAGCAGGGGAUUCGGCUUUGUCAGAUUUGCCACUGCAGAGGAAGCCCAAGCAGCAGUCAAUGCGCUGAACGAGCAGGAACUCGAAGGCAGGAGAAUCAGAGUCGAUCUCGCCGUUGAGAGACAAGGAGGUCGCCGCUAA